AUGGAAGGAAGUAACCCCUGGAGAAAGUUGAACAGGAAAAUUUGCAGAAAUUACAGCAUACAUCCUGAAAAUGUAAUUUAUUACGAUUACUUCAACAAUUUAAAAAGGAAGGCGGUGGCUCAGGGCUAUACCAAAUUGGUUAUGUGUUUUAGAAAAAUUAUGAGUUCCAUUUUGUACUACCCCUUACCAAUUAAAAAUAGCUUAGAGGCCUAUAAAUUGAAGGGGGUUGGUAAGCAAUUUUCUUAUUAUUUUGAAAAGGCCCUGUCGAAAGGUGUUCAAGACAAGAAGCAUAAUAGUAUGCAGAAUGAUUGCGUCACGCCAAAUGAGAAUUCCUCUCACAUUUACACCCACAUAAAUAAAGUCAUCACAAGUGUGGACCGUUUUUUGAAGGAACUGGACAGUGAAGUUUAUAAUUUGAAGAUAAUUGGCGAAGAGUCCGAUGAUAGCAUUAUGAGGAAUAUGAAGGAGAUCAGAAAUGAUUACUCCAACAGUAAUUAUAACGAGGCGGAGGUGAAAGGGAGAAAGAGGAAAGGUGGAACGGAUAAGAAAGGUAGCACCCAUCUCGCUCUCCGUGUUGAUGGGUCUAAUCGAUGUGAUAGAGCCGACCAGGCUGAUGCGUCCGAUUGCGCUAGUCAUGACUGGCGCCAUGACAGCAAGCGAGGUGAGAACAGUUGUACCCCGGUCAACGAAAUGAACAUCACCCCACAGUUGACCAAACACGCUUACACAUACAAGAACAGCGUUAACCUCAAUGACUAUACAGUCAUUUCGACAGCCUCCAUAAAUUACGAUAAUUGCAUGUUGGGCGAUGAGGAAGCAUCUGCCCCUCAAAUGGAGCCCUGUAAUGAGCACGAGCAGAAAAAGAGAUUAAGUGACAAUAAUAAAGGCAGCAAGAAAAUGAAUGAAAUCAAAUUAAACGAUUUCGAAAACAAAGUCAUGACUUUUCUCGACAAGAAUGAAAAUUUAUAUGACAACUGUUCAGUCAGCAUGGAAGAAAUGACAAUUGGGUUUUUAAAAUAUUAUCGAGACUCUGAAAAAAUAUAUUUUCACAAAUUGCGUAGACUUAUAAAAAUGGAAUUUUUGGAAAAGCUAGACAUUUGGGAAAAUAAGGCUAGUGGAGGGAGUGCUUCCAAAAAAAGGUGCGUCGUGGAUGACGUGCCGGAAACACACAGCAGUUGUGGGACGUCGAAUGCGCUGUCUUUCUCGAGCUUGUCCAGUGCGAAAGGGGGUAAUAUGAAAAUCGUUAAGAAGGUGAGGUUGACGGUAAAGGGGAAGGAAUUCCUUCGGAGUGGGGAGCAAGACGGGGAGCAGAACGGGCAGCAUAACGGGAAAGAGGAGGAAGAUAGGAGAGAGCAGAAAAUUGAGGAAUAUUCUCCUCCACGCACGAGUAAUCGCAAAACGAAAGAACCCGCCUCAGAUGCAUCAGAAGGAGAAAACAGAUCUACUUCUAAGCAAGACAAAGGAAAUAAGGUAGUAAGCGAAUCAGACCGCAGAAUAGAAUACGAGGAGAGUGUCAAAAGCGCAGAAUAUUUAUCUACAAAGAUGAAUGCGUCGGAUGAAAGACCAAGGAGGGAAGUUACCUACAGUGAUGGUGAAAAUAAUAACGACUUGCUUGGACAGGACAACAGUGUUGGCGAAAAAAUAUUUUUUACCAUUGAUGGGGAUACAUCGGAUGCACAGAGUGUUCAGUUGAGCGGUCGGGAGGACAACGAUAUGAGUAGAACAAAGGGGCUAUCUGCUUGUGGUAAUUUUGAACUAGAAAAAACCCACCAGUACAACCUCCUAUCCAAAGGGACUACGUCAAUUGUGACAAAUAACAAACAGCCGGGAUGGCAUGAUGUAAUUGAUUUGUUUGCAGAAGAAGGUGCAUGUGAAGAGGGGGGAGAUGUCUCUGGUGGGGCUAUUUCCUCAUUUGAGGGUAAAGCGGAGGGGAAGCGGAAGUGGAGCGUCUCCCAUGAUAGUGCAGGAGGGGAGUUAGGAAGUGAACACAAAAAGAGAAGAAGAAAGGAAAGUGGGGAUAUGCAGAUGGACGAAGAGGAGGUAGCAAUAAUACAGGCUUGGGAGGAGGAAGGAACAAAAAAGGAUGGAAAAAACGGAAAUGUUUACAUGAGAAAGGAUUCAAAGGGAAAGCGUAAACCAGGCCAGAGAGCAAAGCGACAGGCAAACCUCGAUGUACAUCCUGAUGGGGAUACGCACAGCGCAGCGGGCGAACAAGUUACCUACGGGCCAUACGAAAUUGUCAUGGUAAUCGACAACAGGGAUAUAUCAGGGACGAGUCAGGAGCUGAAUGAAAAAAUGAAAAAAAUAUUCCAACGCAAUGGAGUCAAAUAUGUGACUAGAAAUCUUCCCCUGGGUGAUAUCAUCUGGUUGUGCAGGAGAAGGGUGUAUAAUGGUGGUAAGUCGUCGAAGAGGAAAAGGGGUAAAAAAGGUGGAAAAAAGGAGAAUGCAGGGAAGACACCACAGAACCCCUAUAAUCACGAAUGGAGUGGCGAGGCCAGCCAAAUGUGCAACACAAGAAUGAGCAACGCUCACUCGAGUGGAAGUUACGAGGACGGGAAGGAGGACCAGCGUGAUGGGGAAGAAGACGGUGAACAGGAAGCAAAUGCGGAGUACGAAGAACACGUAUUAAAAUGGAUAGUAGAGCGAAAAACAUUGAAUGAUCUAAGUGCAAGUAUAAUCGAUGGAAGAUAUGAUGAGCAAAAAUAUCGUCUCAUGAGGUCUAAAGAAUCCUCACAUAUAAUAUACCUUAUAGAAAACAGCAACAAUUCAUUUAAAAAUUACACGCACUCGAAUAGAAUUUCUUAUGAAACGCUUCUAAACGCUCAACAUAGUAUUCAGCUCAUUACUGGUUUCUCUAUAUUGACUAGCCAAAGUUUAAGUCAUACUUUUUUUUUAUUGGCUGAAAUGCACACCCAGAUUGUAGAAAAUGUCCGUCUUGUUUGUAACACCAGAGAAGGUGAACCCAUAAUACACAGUGAUAAAUUGGAGGUGUACUUACAAGAGAAUUCAUGUGAAUGGGAUCAGUGGAACAGUCAUUCAAAAAAAUCGAAGAAUAAUUUGGUGAAGGAAGUGUUUGGGAAGCAAUUGAGAUUGAUUAACAUGUGUGGGCCUGAUGCCACGGAGUUGAUUUUGUCUCUGUGGCCUACCCCGAUGAAACUGAAUGAAGCCCUCAAUAGGUAUACCCACGAUGGCAUCUUGGCGGAGAAGAUCAAGCGGAUUUACCUAAAGGGUCACGACCUUCUGACCAAACGGCGCGUCAAGUCUCCCGUCGAUGCGAAUGUACGGCUGCGAAAUGUUUUCCCACAAAAGAGAGCGGCGGCUCAUUGCACAGCUGCGGCAGCUUUAUGCCCCGGACUCGAUUUAGACCACCAAGAGGCGGAAGAUGUGGCGAAGACGAGAUAA